AUGCCAAAGAAGACUGUCUCUACUCCUGCCUCCACCCCUGCAUUGAAGAAAUCCUCUUCUACGGGUGGACAGAAGACCCUCUUUGGCUUCUUCCAAAAGACUCCCUCCACUGGCUCUCCAGCCCCAUUGCCUGCUCGAUCAGUGUCUGAUACGCCUGUUCCAUCCAAGACUCGCACAAAACCGGCUGGCAAAUCUUCAGCUACUCUGACGCCCGUUGCCAGCAGUGACGCGGUCGAACCUGAAGAUGAGGACGACACCCCUAAGGCGAGUCUGCCUCUUUCCAAAGGUCUGCCAUCGCCAGUCUCAGCUGACGAUGAGCAGACUAAUGGCCGAGAGGAGUUGACAGCCCGUGGGACACCUUCGCGCAGGGCCAAAACCAGGAAGAUCAACUAUCUCGAGUCCGACAGCGAAGGCACCGACGGUGAUGAUGUUUUCAAGCCGACCCCAGGACGCCGGGCUCGACCUACUAAACGCAAGCGACCCUCCGAUAGUGCGGACGAGGACAUCUAUGAGCAGGAAGCUGAGGCGCAGCUGGAAGAUGAAAUGGAUGACUUCAUUGUUCCUGAUGACUCUGAAGACGAAGUACGCCGGCCUGCGAAGCGCAAGCGGACUGCCAAAACCACCUCCCGAACUGCUUCCUCUCACUUCACUCCUGCAACGGAUGAGGUUGAGGGCGAUGUCGACCAAGAAAUCCCCGAGGGCACUUCGACUGCUCUGCAGUGGACGUACGACCCUGAGCAUCCUCAGCCUUUGCAACCACGGCCGACCAACAUUCCACCUAAACAACCCAGCGGGAAGAAACAGAAAGCCCACAUGACCGAGCCGGAACAACGCCACGCCUGGCUUGAGGAUAUCAGAGAUAUGGACCGCAAUCCACCGGGCCAUCCUGACUACGAUCCACGCACCUUGUAUAUCCCACCCAUGGCCUGGAGGGGUUUCUCGCCUUUUGAGAAGCAGUACUGGGAAAUCAAGCAGAAGUUCUGGGAUACUAUUGUCUUCUUCAAGAAAGGCAAAUUCUAUGAGCUCUACGAAAACGAUGCGACCAUCGGGCAUCAAUUGUUUGAUUUGAAAUUGACUGACCGUGUGAACAUGAGAAUGGUGGGCGUUCCGGAGUCGAGCCUCGACCUCUGGGCAAAUCAAUUCGUCGCAAAGGGGUUCAAGAUUGCCCGCGUUGACCAACAGGAGACUGCUCUGGGCAAAGACAUGCGUGAGCGGGAUGAGAAAUCUAGUGGAUUUGCCAGCAAGAAGAGCAAAGAGGACAAAGUCAUCAAGAGAGAACUAGCCUGUGUGCUCACUGCAGGUACACUGGUCGACGGCACUAUGCUCCAGGACGACAUGUCGACGUACUGUGUAGCAAUCAAGGAAUCCGAGGUCGAGGAUCUGCCUGCAUUUGGUGUGGCAUUUGUGGACACUGCCACCGGUCAAUUCCACAUCUCUGAAUUUGUCGACGAUGCGGAUCUGACCAAGUUCGAGACAUUCAUCGCCCAGACCAGACCUCAAGAGAUUCUGCUGGAAAAGGGCGGUGUGUCAAUGAAGACGUUGCGCAUCCUCAAGAACAACACCAGCCCAACAACUAUCUGGAACUACUUGAAACCUGGCAAGGAAUUCUGGGAAGGCCAUAUCACUGCCAAGGAGAUUGAAGCAGAGAACUACUUUCCCAACGAGUGGCCUGAAGUCCUGCAACAGGUGAAAGAGAAGGAUUUGCUCAUGUCUGCCCUUGGUGCUUUGAUCCAGUAUCUGAGGGCUUUGAAGAUUGAGCGUGGCCUCGUGACGAUAGGUAACUUUACAUGGUACGACCCCAUUCGCAAAGCCACGAGCUUGGUCCUCGAUGGUCAGACCUUGAUCAACCUGGAAGUCUUUGCCAACUCCUACGACGGUGGAAGUGAAGGCACGCUCUUCCAGCUGUUGAACCGCUGUGUCACGCCGUUCGGCAAACGCUUAUUCAAACAAUGGGUGUGCCAUCCACUCAUGGACACGAAGAAAAUCAAUGCAAGGCUGGAUGCCGUCGACUCUCUCAACGCCGAUGCGAAAGUCCGGGAUCGUUUCACUUCCCAAAUGACAAAGAUGCCGGACCUCGAGCGACUGAUAUCGCGUGUCCAUGCUGGAACCUGCAAAGUUCAAGAUUUUGUCAGAGUCCUUGAGGGAUUCGAGCAAAUUGACCACACUAUGUCCUUAUUGCGCGACGGAACUGGUAAAGCGACGGAUAGUGAAGGUGUCAUCGGCCAGUUGAUUUCAGCUAUGCCGGACCUCGAACCCCGUCUCAAGUAUUGGGACAAUGCCUUUGACCGCCAGAAGGCUAAGGAGUCUGGCGUUUUAGUGCCCGAGCGCGGUAUCGAAGAAGAGUUCGACAACUCCCAGGACACGAUUGAUGCCAUCAACGAAAAGUUUGAUGACCUUCUCCGCAAGUGGCGCAAAGAGCUCAAGUCCAAUGCUAUCUGCUUCCGUGACAACGGCAAGGAAAUAAUGCAAAUGGAAGUGCCUACUCGCAUCAAGGUUCCCGCCGCUUGGGACCAGAUGUCCGCCACUGCGAGCGUCAAAAGAUACUACUUCCCAGAACUACGGAACCUUGUGCGGAAACUCCAAGAAGCGCAAGAGACACACUCUCAGAUCGUCAAGGAUGUGUCGCUCAAACUUUACGCCAAGUUCGACGAACAUUACGAUAUAUGGCUUGCAGCUGUCAAGAUAAUCGCACAACUCGACUGUUUGAUUUCCCUUGCGAAAGCAAGCACAUCUUUGGGACACCCGAGCUGUCGUCCAGAAUUCGUUGACCCAGCUGGCAAGGAUGCCGGUGAUCGGUCGACCUUGGAACUCAUUGAUCUACGCCACCCAUGUCUUCUGACCAAGGUUGACGACUUCAUCCCUAACGACAUUGUUUUGGGCGGAAGUUCGCAAAAUCUCACCCUUCUCACGGGUGCAAAUGCCGCCGGAAAAUCCACGGUUCUUCGAAUGACCUGUAUCGCGGUUAUCAUGGCUCAGAUCGGCUGCUACCUCCCCUGCGCGUCUGCUCGUCUUACACCGUUUGACCGAAUCAUGUCGCGCCUAGGGGCUCAGGAUCACAUUUUUGCCGCCCAGUCAACAUUUUUUGUCGAACUGGCAGAGACAAAGAAGAUCCUGAGUGAGGCCACACCACGUAGCCUGGUCAUCCUGGACGAGUUGGGAAGAGGAACGUCUUCGCACGAUGGCGUGGCCGUCGCCCAAGCCGUCCUGCACCAUCUAGCCACACAUGUGGGCUGCUUGGGCUUCUUCGCGACGCAUUACCACUCGCUCUCUUCGGAGUUUGCGCAUCACCCAGAAAUAGCGCCGAAGAGAAUGAAGAUCCUCGUGGACGAUGCAGACAGGCGAGUGACAUUCCUAUACAAACUGGAGGAGGGCACCGCCGAGGGGUCUUUCGGUAUGCACUGUGCCAGCAUGUGUGGGAUCUCGAACCAAGUCAUUGAACGCGCAGAAGAGGCGGCAAAGGAAUGGGAGAUUUCCAACCUCAUGGCACGGAAGCAGAGGAUCAAGAGCUCUCACGGUGGUGAGAUGCAGGCCAAGGAGGCGAACGACAAGGACGAGGAGAAAGAAGUGCCAUUGGGCAUCUUGAGUGAUCUCGCAUGGAUCCUCAAGGGGAAAGAAGUGGAAGAUCGCGGCCUCGACGUGCUUGUCAAGUGCAUUGAAGCUUUGUGA